AUGCUGCAGAUCCUGUGUCUGGCACUCUGCGGCCUACUGACCCGCACACGAGCUGAGCCCGGGGCGCUGCUGCGGUUGGGCAUGGACAUCCUGAACCACGAGGUCCAGAGUGCUAUGGACGAGAGUCAUAUCCUGGAGAAAAUGGCCGCUGAGGCGGGCAAGAAACGUCCGGGGGUGAAACCCAUCAAAGGCCUCACUGAUAUGAAGGUGAAGGACGUGCAGCUGCCUGUCAUCACACUGAGCUUCACACCAGCGGUGGGCAUCUUCCAGUGUGUAUCCACCGGCAUGACCAUCACCGGCAAGAACUUCAUGGGUAAGAACAUGGAGAUCACUGUGGUCUUGAACAUCACAGCCACCAACCGGAUUUUGCAGGACCAGGAGACAGGCCUCCCCAUAUUCAAGAGCGAGGGCUGUGAGGUCAUCCUGGUCAGCGUGAAGACCAACCUGCCUAGCAACAUGAUGCCGAAUGUUGUCAAAAAGUUCCUGGACAGCACCCUACACAAAGUUCUUCCUGGCCUGAUGUGUCCAGCCAUCGAUGCAGUCCUGGUGUAUGUAAACAAGAAGUGGGCCAACAUGAAUGCCCCCAUGCCCAUAGGCCAGAUGGGCACCGUGAAGUAUACCCUGACAUCCGUACCGUCCACCACAGCCAGCUACAUCCAAGUGGACUUUAGUCCUGUGGUACAGCAGCAAGAGGGCACCACCAUCCAGCUUGCUGAUGACGGGGAGGCCCCAGAGUUCCCCGAAGACUAUGAUGAAGGCUCUUCACAGCUGCUGCUCUCGGCCGCCUUCCUCACAGCAGAGCUUGCCCUUCUGCAGAAGUCCUUUGAUUUGAACAUCCAGGAUACCAUGGUUGGUGAGCUGCCCCCACAAACCACUAAGACACUGUCUGGCUUCAUCCCUGAAGUGGCUCAGGCCUAUCCCAAGCCGAAGCCCUUGGUGACUCAGAUUAGGAUAAACAAGCCCCCCAAGGUCACCAUGGAGACAGGCAAGAGCCUGCUGCACCUCCAUGGCACCCUGGAGAUGUUCGCUGCCCGGCGGCGGCGGGGCAAGGCUCCUGUGUCCCUCUUUCUCCUGGAAGCUCACUUCAACCUGGAAAUUCAGUACUCAGUGCGUGAGAACCGGUUGCAGAUGGCCACCUCUCUGAACAGAUUACUGAGCCUGUCCCGGCAGACCUCAUCAGUUGGUGCCUUCAAGGAGAAGAAGCUGACUGGCUUUAUCACUGACUUUCUUCGAGAAGCCUACAUCCCGGCUGUCAAUGAUGUGCUCCGAGUUGGACUUCCGCUUCCAGACUUUCUGAACAUGAAUUACAACCUGGCAGAGCUGGACAUAGUAGAGAACGCCCUGGUGAUGGACUUGAAGCUGGACUGA